AUGGCUGCCGACAUGAUACCUCGAUACCCAGGCUACGUCUCGUCUGGAUCGCGACGGUACAACGAGUGGCAGACACUAUCCUCUAAAGCUACGACUGAAAGAGAGGAAGAAGUACCGACCGCAUACGCGGGACCGCUUGUGAAUCACCCGACCUACCCUACGCCAAAGAAAGUUCAUUGUCAGCUUGCAUGGAAUAACGAUCCAAAGGACAGCCCAAUUAUAGACGAAAAAGUGUUUCUACGUGUGGACUCACUGCCACAUGCCGUUCGAACGAUCGAGGAGAAGGGCGGAAGCGUUCGAACACCCGGGGGGCCAAUGGCAGACGUCGCGAUGAAAAAGGACAAUAACGCCGAUAGAUCGCAUGACGGAUCGCAUGACACGAUCGACGAUCGAUAA